AUGGCUUCAAUUACACCAGCGCGAGUGCUCAGGCCUGCCUGUAUGGCCGCAAGGACCGUGGCUCGUCCUCUUGCCGCUAUAGCCCCCCGCCGUGCUUACUCUUCAAUCCCAGACUCCGCUGAGCAGGAGAUCAACCCAGGCGCACCGCGAUGGUCGUACACUCCGCCACAAACCCAAGCACCGUUCAGUCUUCGCACGCACUCGACACGCCCAGCUUUCCAUAAUAACUCAGAUCCGGCACUCCUUGAUCAGUUCUACAUCCGCAUCCUCGGCGAGGGCGGCGACAGAGUCCUCAACGAGGAGCUGAAGUGGUUGGCCGUGACGCAUAAGACCUUUGACCAAGGACGUCGAGGAUUCAAUGAUCGAUUGGCUGCACUAGGAAAACGUAUUGUGCAAUUGCAGGCUUCGCUCGCUCUAGUGCAAAACCCACCUACCGAGAAGACUGCUUCCAGGAUAGACGAGUUUGGCCGCAAGCCUUUCUCUCAUCCAGCCCUCGAGGGUCUGGGAAACCUCUCCUCCCAAACCAAAAGUUUCCUGACCGACCGACGGAAGCUGGCCGAGCUGGCACAAAAAUACGAGUUGCAGAAAGUUAUGCGAUGGAGCCCUCGCAAGCCUGAAGAUCUCCGCGCAUCCGGCCUCGAGCUGGUCCUAUCACACACUCUAUACGCGGUUGUUGGAGCGGUUGCUUUGGAGAAGGGAGGAUUGGAAGCUAACAAGGUGGCCAAGGAACGGAUUCUGCAGCCUCUGGGACUGCAGACAUCAUGA